CAGACUGAUGCCUGAGAUCCACGAGCAGCAGCUGCAGUUGUGGCAGUGGGAAAACUGCGCGCAGGAAAACAUCAUGUUGACUCCGUGUUCUUUUUUGUGAGGAACACAGACACGAGCGGGAAGAACAAAGGCCUAGAGGAAGUGAUGUCAGCAGGUGAGGACCAGGACGGUGAGGCGACGUCGCCCAUGUACGUGUACGAAUCGAAGGUCCACUGUGCCAACGUGCUGUUAAGCCUGGAGGAGCAGCGGCAGCAGGGCAUCCUCUGCGAUGUGACCGUGCUUGUGGAGGGCAGGGAGGUGCGCGCACACAGAGCUGUCCUUGCUGCCAGUAGCCGCUACUUCCUGCAAGCCUUUGUAGGGCACGGCACAUCGCCAGGCGAGGCAGAGCCCAUCAUUGACCUGCCAGACAAGGUGACAGUGAAGGGUUUUGCUCCACUUCUCCAGUUUGCCUACACAGCCAAGCUGGUUUUAAGUUGUGAGAACAUCCACGAGGUCAUCCUGUGUGCCGACUUCCUGGGGGUUUACAAUUUGGAGGAUUCGUGCUUCCGUUUCCUUCAAGAACAGCUACAGAACGACAGCCAACGUGCCAGUAAUGGCAAGGUGAAAUAUGAUGACGACGCCGUGGCCAAGGACACAGUGAUUUCCGAGCCAGUAUCCUUGGAUGAUUCUGCAGACACCAAACAUCAUGUAGCACUCCCUAUGCCACUCUCCAGUGAUCUUCCACAAAGUCCCAAAUACAGAAAAUAUCCCUACCAGAUCUGUGACAAGAUCAAUGGAGAAAUCCACCCUGGUAGUGACGAUGUCCUUUUGCCCACUCAUACCUCAGUCAGCUCACAGCUCAUAGACAGAAGUGAUGCUCAACAAACUCUACUUACGCCUUCUAGAAUCAAAGAGGAACCCUUUGCGUUCGAGGAAGGAGAUGAAAGCAACGGUUGCAACACCGAGCUGUGUUCUGAAGAGGUUCUGGAGAUGGAGCUAGAGGUGGAAGGGGUUCCAGUAGCAGCUGAGCACUCGCCAAGCCAAAGCUCACCCUCUUCCUGUCUGCGCUCCUACCUCCAGAGAGGUGGCCUGGAUCUGAGCAGCGUGCCCACUACUACCAUCCAGCAGCUACUGACCAACAGACUGUCCCUCAACCACUAUAGGGAACUGGUCAAGAGGGAUAAGAUGGAAUCUCUAGGUCAUGAGGACUUCAAAACUGGAAUAGCAGAUGUGCUGCCUGCUGCUCUGACUGGUACUGGUGAGAACAUGGAUGGAGCAGUGUCUAAAGCCUCCUGCUCUAAACAUGAGAGGGAGUUAGACAGACGCAGUGUCAUUUUCUCUUCAGCUGCUGGAGAGCAACUUGCACAUUCUUACAUGGACGAUAAAUUCAGAGACAAAGUCUCAACCUUAAUGCAGGUAGAGCCUCUCUCCUCUGGUCGGCCAUGCCUCAACACCAGCUGCCCUGUUCCCAUUAAGACAUCAGCCCACUCUCCUCCUCCCUUUGAGCCCCAAAUGCAGACGUCUAGCUCACGGUCCUCAUGCUCGUACCCAGAGGAUGCAGGCAGUAGUAGUUCCUCCUCCAGCCUGCCCCAAUUUGACUUCUCCUCAUCCCCCAUCUCAGGAUCCAUCGCUGGACUGUCUCACUGCCUGGCAGGGGUGGUAGAUCAGAGGGCCCUCCACAGCGGGGAGAUGGUCUUCUCUCAGGGUUGUACCACGAUCAAAAGUGAGCAGGGAUUUGGUGCCAGCGGUGGCAACUCCAGUGAUGAAUCGGGCUCUUUCUCAGAGGGAGACAGUGAAAGUGGCAUCUCAAGAAUCUCUGGGCCUGAGGUGAAGCUGCCUUUCCCAGUGGACCACAUCACCAACCUGCCACGCAAUGACUUCCAGAUCCUCAUCAAGAUGCACAAGCUGAACACAGAGCAGCUGGAGUUCAUUCACGACAUCCGCCGCCGCAGCAAAAACCGCAUCGCCGCCCAGCGCUGCCGCAAGAGGAAACUCGACUGCAUCCAGAACUUGGAGGGCGAGAUCCGCAAACUGGUGAACGAGAAGCAGAAUUUGCUGAGCGAGCGCAACCAGCUGAAGGUUUGUAUGUCCGAGCUGUGGCAGAACCUCUCCUUCCUGUCCCAUCAGGUGUGUAGGGAGGUGCAGGGCAGCCAGAUGCCUCCUGUUCCCGCCAGCAUUGACCUAACGUCCGCACCACUGUCGCCUUCUUCUGAAGACAUAAUCUACCAGCCCAGGUCACCUGCGCCGCUAUACAAUGAGACUGCGUGUGUGUCUGACAUGAGUCUCAAUCAGGGGCAGGAGCAAAGGCGACAUGGUGCGGAGGCGUCAGGUCUGAGGCGGGAGAACUCCGAGUCCACUGAGGAAAUAUGUAGCCCCACUGUAACUGUGGCCUUCUGUCAGGAAAUGACUGAGAAGUGCACUACAGAGGAACAGAAGAAGCAGAAGGACUGUACUUAGAGUCUGGUGAAAGUUUGGUCUUGUCUUUACCUUGAUAUUUGAAGUAUUGUUUUUCCUUCCUCGUUUUGGUGAUACAAGCACUAUCAGCAAUACUGUUCAACAGAUAUUUUUUGGACUGGUAUAAAAAAACAGAAGCACUGGGAGCUUUUUCUCUGCUCCUCUCUCUCAUCUUGAUAUUUCCAUCCCGUCAGCUUCCCCAGUUCUCUCGUUUGUCACGGGAGCUUAAACUCAGGAAUUCCGUCGAAUGUUCAGUAAUGUUCCUGUCAACAUAUUCGUGCACUUUACUUUAUGAGUCCUGUGUGAUCCUCAUCAUUACUUUGGUACAUCCGUGGCAAGCUCUUCAUAUCUGACCUCUAUAUCAGAAUUCACUUUCAACAUUAGCUAACAAUAAUAAUUCAACUGUUUGGCAAAUAUUGUUAUUUGUCCGAGUAUAUCCAUUCGUUAAUUCAUUCCAAAACAUCACUGAGGUGGAGUCGGAACAUGGUUACGCUUUGUUAGCAUAAUCACUGGAAGCGGGGGGAAAUAUGUCUUAAAGUACUAAAUUAUACCUUUGUCUGAAGCCUUUUUAGCCAAAGAAUGCACUUACUUGUAGCCUGGCUAAUGCUAGACUGCUUCUCCAUCUCAUGUGAGAUUGAGUCUGGAAAAGGGUGUGGCUAACGGACGUAGAUCAAAAUUGGAUAGACCUGCAACCAAUCAGACCAAUGAUCAGGAUCCCAUAUGGUGAACUGGUUGGUUUUGUAUUCGUACAGCGCUUGUCUAGUUUUGACGACCACUCAAAGCUGCUUUACACAACACGUUUGCCAUUCACCCAUUCACUC